ACAGGGGGCUUCGUCCUGCACCUGGAGACAGACUGCCCCCUCUCGGCGGACGGCCAGGUCCUUUGGGCCAACUGGACCCUGUCCUUCAACAAGAUCCCCUUCGUCUGCUACGACAACGACCUCCAGCAGUUCCAGCCCUGCGGCCUGGGGGAGUUUUUCCCCUGGAACUACACCUCCGUCCCCAUCUCCAACUGGCUGGACGGCCAGCUCCCCGGGCAGGGCCAGAAGGCGGCCGCCGCGUGCCUGGGGCAGACCCACUCCCUGUGGGGGAGGACGGGAGAGCGGCGCACGCCCCCCAAUGUCCGCAUUUUCCCCGUCACCCCUCGGAACACUCCAGCACCCAUCAUGCUGGCCUGCGUGGCGUGGGGCUUCUUCCCGAGCGAGGUGGACCUCUCCUGGUGGUGGAACGGGGCCCUCGUGAAGAGUGGGCUGGGCCCCCCAAAAAUCUCCAGCAAUGGGGACUGGACUUACCAGGCUCGGCUGACGCUGCCGGUCGACCCCGAGAAAGGAGGCGUCUACACUUGCCGGGUCGCGCACGUGAGCCUGACCGAGGCCGUCACAAAGGACUGGGGUGAGUGCCCGACCGCUGGGGUCAACUACGUUGCUGAGUUUGGAUCUCCUGGUAAAAUCAAAACCUUUGCUACACCGUAGAGGCGCAUAGAUUCACAGAGUAGAACAGCUUCCGCUUCCCCAGGUAGUUCACCCUUUUGUCAUCAACAGGCACUUACAGUCUCAGUAACUCAUUCUCAGACCGUG